ACCCUUUAUAAGUGUGCAGUCACACCAGAUCUGUGUCACUGCCCUGCAAGACUAAGGAUGGAUUCUAGACGCACUGACUGCCUGACAAAGCCUCUGUCACGGCUUUUUGAAAAUCUUGGAUCAAAAGUCGGAUCCUAUCCAUUAUAUUUUUUCAUUGUUCCUGUGUUACUCUCAGCAGCACUCAGCGGAGGCUUCAUUUUUCUCCAGGAAAGACAGGACAAUGGUCUUGAGCGCCAGUUUACGCCAAGUAAAGGACCCUCAAAGGCAACCAGAGCCUUUGUGAAAGAAAACUUUCCCUACAAUUACUCCAUGUUUUCUGAAGACAGGCAGUAUGACAAGGGCAGCUUUGCAUCCCUCAUUGCUGUGGCCAGGAACAGCCGUAAUCUACUGGACACACUUGUUUUAGAGGACAUCAUCUCACUCAACAAUAAGAUCCUUGAUAUCACUGUGGACAAUGGGAGACUGGGCUUCAAUGAACUGUGUGCCAGAGCCAACGGAGAGUGUGUUUCAAACAUCAUCCUGGAAAUCCUCAGCUACAGUCUAACCAAUCAGACCAGCAUCACCUAUCCAGUCCACAUACACAAAGCUACUCCACUCUUUCUAGGUGCAAUGCUGGGUGGUGUUAUUACAGAUGAUAGUGGCUCAGUCAGAAACACUGAAGCUGUCAAACUUUUCUACUACUUAGAUGAUCAGGAAAGCACAGCUGAAGCCUCAAAAUUAUGGCUGAGAGAAUUUAAAAAGCUCCUAUCAGACAACACAGACAACAAACACAUUUAUGUGUCUUACUACACCUCGAAAUCCAAGCAGGAUGAGAUUGACAGCCACACCACAGAUGGCUUCCCCCUAUUCCUCAUCGCUUAUGCCUGUGCUGUCACCGUCUCCGUGAUAUCCUGCCUGAGGCUGGACAAUGUGAGGAACAAGAUGUGGGUGGCUGUCUUCGGUAUCCUCUCCGCUGUGCUGGCAGUUCUCUCUGGCUUUGGCCUGCUGCUUUACAUCGGAGUGCCGUUUGUUAUCACCGUCGCAAACGCAGUUUUCCUUUUACUUGGAAUUGGUCUGAACAACAUGUUCAUAAUGGUGUCUGACUGGCAGCACACACAUGUGAAUGACCCGGUCUCAAAGAGGAUGGCUCACACUUACAAAGAAGCCAUCAUGCCCAUCACCAUCACCGCUGUGACCGAUGUUCUCAAGUUCUUCAUAGGCGUCAAGUCUUACUUCCCAUCCGUGCAGGCCUUCUGCUUGUACACCAGCGCCUCAAUCAUAUUCUGUUACAUCUACACCAUCACCUUCUUUGGAGCCUUCUUGGCUUUAAAUGGGCGGCGGGAAGGCAGCAACAGGCACUGGCUGACCUGCAAGCGAAUUCCAUCAGACAGACCUAAAAAUCGCUCUGAGCUAUACAGCAUCUGCUGCGUAGGAGGUGACUUUGAUAAGAGCACUGGAGCAGAGAAGAUGCACACAGUCAGCUAUUUCUUUAAGGAUUACUACGGCCCAUUUUUGAUCAAACCCUGGGUCAAGGGAAUGAUAAUCUUUUUCUUUGCGGCAUAUUUAGCGGUAAGCAUUUAUGGAUGCCUCCAUGUACAGCAGGGGUUUGAGCUUCAUGACCUGGCAGCUGAUGACUCCCUUGUUAACACAUACAACAGGAAGGAUAGGCAUUAUUUCUAUGAUUAUGGCCCAUCUGUGAUGGUUAUUAUCAGUGAGCCUUUUCCAUACUGGGAUGAAACCAAGCGGCACGAACUCCAGGCAUGCAUUGAGGACUUUAAAGGGCUCCACAUUGUAGAUAGAGACAUUUUUUCAUCCUGGCUGGACUCUUAUUUGUUGUAUGGGCACGCAAAUAAUUUAACCCUUAAUGAUAAAGAUGCCUUCCUCAAACAUCUCCCUCAGUUUUUUGAAUUAUUCCCUUUCUACCAGCAAGAUGUGAACAUCACUGGAGAUGUCAUCCAUGCCUCCCGAGUUUUCAUACAGAUGGUUGAUAUUGACAGUGGCAGCAGGGAACUUUAUGCACUUAAAGCACUUCGGUCCACCUCAGCUGAUUGCAGAGCAGCUUCUUUAUUAGUCUAUAACCAGAAAUUUAUCUUCUUUGACCAGUAUGAUGUUGUAGUGAGCAGCACGAUCAAAAAUGUUGGUGUGAUCACAGCUGUGAUGUUCAUCGUCUCUCUCCUGCUUAUUCCUAACCCUGUCUGCUCAUUUCUGGUGACUUGUUCGAUUGGUUCAGUGACUGUAGGCGUGACCGGCUUCAUGGCGCUCUGGGACAUCAGCCUGGAUUCCAUAUCCAUGAUCAUUUUCACCGUCUGCAUUGGCUUCACUGUAGAUUUCUCCGCUCACGUGUCUUACGCCUUCGUCUCCAGCAAAAAGACGGAUCCCAAUGCAAAGGCUGUGGAUGCUCUCACACAUCUGGGGUUCCCCAUCCUCCAAGGCGGCUUGUCCACCAUUUUGGGGGUGUCAGUGUUGUCUGUAUCAAAGUUUAACACCUUUAGAACAUUUUUUAAGAUUUUUUUUCUUGUCAUGUUUAUCGGGAUGGUUCAUGGCCUUGUUUUCAUCCCAGUAAUCCUGUCAAUAUUCACAUGCAGGUCAGAAAAGGAAGCGAGCAAAGACAACACUGUGAAAGUCACCAAACUAUAACCAAAGUGGCUACAGUAAGGACUUUUAGUCAGACAGAUUCAAUUUUAGAUGAUAUUAGCACUGUUGCUUUGAAAGUAAGUGAAUUCAGUAUAAGUUAGGUUUCUUUAAAUAACAACCUCACAAGUGAAAAUAACUCAAACUUUAUGAUGUAAGUUAUUCAUUUAUGAAUAUGUUGUAUUGUCUAAAUUAGAACUCCAAAAUCUGACACAGUGCCCCUCUCAGUUUAUGUAUUCUUGUUAAAACAACCUUGUUUGAUCUUGUUUGAGAUGCUCCACUGAUUUUUUUGACAAAUGUAAACAAUAAAAUCAAGUACGAACACUUAAA